UCUCAUUCUGCAGUGAUCCAGCUUGCUGGGAGAGGCAGCAGGGACAAAGGUACAUAUAUAGUAGUGCAAAUGUCUCACAUCGUGUUCCAGAACAUCAACAUCAUCUUCACACUUCUCAACAACAACACCCACCUCACAAACCAAUAACAACAAUCAUGUCCACCACCUCCUCAACCAACCAGCACGGCCAAGGCGCCUCUCACGCCACCGACCCCCAGAACGCCAGCAGCGUCCCAGGCAAGGCCCAAGAAGCCGUCCCCGCAUCAGUCGAGCACAAGCUCCCAGACGCCCUCCACGACACCAACAGCAACAAGGAGACAGGCAAAGUCUCCCACGCCACCGGGUCUUCAAUCGUCCCACAGACUCUCCAAGAGGGCCUCCCAGAAAAGGUCGAGAAGGUUGUGCCAAACGCAAUCCACGACACAAAGGGUGCCACUUUCAGCGAUGGAUCUGUUGGAAAGUAG